AUAAUAAACCAUUGAAACCCAUUGCUAAAUAUAAUUUAAUUCCGCUACUACCCUGCACGAAAUGGAUUAUCUCAUGCGGCCUCGACAAUCCGGGAUUUUUUCCCACUCGAGAAACGCUGGGGAGGGCCCCGAGAAAUCCCAAUGUGGAUCAGGUGUCUCGCGUCAUCGCCUAUAGUCGUGCGCAAAUUGGUCGCCUCCCCGCCAGGCGUUUUCGGAGAUGAUGAGGGAAAUGGUGCGGGAAAGAGACCGGACGCAAUCUGCCGUCAGUGGGUAUAUGGAAGCAGUAGGGGUCAAGUGGGGGAUUUCCAUGGUGAGGAUUUGGGUAGUCACACUUUGUUGUCAGGGUAGGUGGAGGAUGUAAGGGGUUGGUGUUAGAAAUCGUGGGUGAUGCUUGGAACCUGCCCGCGUGCUCAGGUUAUCUUUCGAUUGUUCGGAUAAAAGUUUCAGAGAUACGCUUUGUAUUAACGCGUUCGUGGAAGCAAAUCAUGUUCCCGCCGAGUGCGAUGCAGGAGGGUUAAAAAGAGGGAAUGGAACGGAGGUUAGGAACAGUUGGAGUUUUUAUGAAACCUGUCUUUCUUUUAUUAGCACGGGAGCAUGCAAAGAACCAAGGAAGGUAUAUAUGGAAGCCAACAGAUAUAUGUGG